GCGACACGAUACAACUACCCCCGUCACGUGGCGUUGCUCUCGCGACUGCUCUCCCUCAGCGUACGUCUCUUUCUGGCGAUGCACCUUCCCGUCCAUUUAGAAAAGAGAGUUAUGGGUGGCGUGUGAUCAACAUAAUCAAAACAUUUUACCAUUUACUAGUGUUGUUGUAAAUAUGAAUAUGUAAGUAGUCAAAUAGAGAAGGUCUCGGAGCACCUCAUGUUGAUCAUUCUAUCUGUCGUGAGGGUAUGAAGAAGAAGAUCUUCAUCGAGCUGUAGGAAGCAAGCUCUAGUGUUGUGCUGUAUCUUCUAAAAGGUCGCCGCACGAGGAGAAGGGCGCCAGAGAUCUGCGGCAUGGCAGCGAUGCUUUUGUCAGACACGACCACGCUCCGGCGGAUCUAGAUGCGGUUGUGAGGGCGAUUGAUUCUGCUACGAUUGCAGCGUCUUACAUCUCGCGUGCAGCAAUGGGUUUUCUAUUUUGUGCGUGUGGUGCUGGGAAUACAGCACUUCAUUAUCUUGCUUCCCGUGGCGACUUCCCAAGGGCAGAGCUCAUAAUCGAAACGGCGGCCGCGAUUUUAGAAGAUGUCUCCCAGCAUUGGAAGCAGUAUCUCGAACCGCAGGUGCUAGCGUCUCUGGACGAAACAGCCCUCGGAAAAGGCGAGAUUCUCUUGAAUUUAUGAACAACUCUCAUGUCGAUAUGGAUGUUAAAAAUGCUCUUGAUGUUAUAGGCAUUGGCCAGAUGAGCACUGGCGCCAGGAAUAUUUGGAAUUCUUGCGAAAAGACCGAUAAAGAUACGGCGGUCGUACUUGUACUUGCGAACAACACGGAUAAGCUUAAGCAGCAUGCAUAAUUGAGGGUAGAAGACUCACCCACCUUUCUAAUUCCGAAAUUAAAGCGAGACCUGGAUCUUCCGAGUUUAGGAGAAUACUUAGGCCGACUCGACUCCGCAGGAAGGGACUUCCUCAUGGUUGCAGACACGCGCGGUGAAGUGAGUUUCUUCUAUGUUGACCUUGACUACUAAUAGUCUACUGGUUGUUAGCACGGUAGUCAGAUGAAGUAGAAGUCAAGAUGGAUAUGUUGAAAUUUCAUCUCAGGUACGAAGGAGGUAGUUGUUGUAUUAAGAGUUACAAAUAUAAUAAGCUUUCAUGAUCCCUUUGCUAUUCAUUGCUUGAAAGAUUGGUAAUGACGAAUCUUCUAAUCUAAGCAUGCUUUUGGAGGUUCGCGCUUUGCAUCCCUGAUGCACCGGCGGAGCAGCUCUGGAGGACACAGAAGGGAUAAAGAUUAUGCCUGGUCUCUUAAAACUAAUGAACUUUCGUCUGUGUGUUUUACUCAUCUUGUUCGCGAGCAGGUCGUAGGUGGAAUGAUGAGUUGUUUUCACAUCUCCGUGCUCUUAAUAAGCAUAGGCGUACAGAACGAAGUUGCGGCUGUCAGGAUGGUCGUGUACAGCUAAAAAGUGCCUCGACAGAAGUCGCACGUAAUAAGUAGGUCAAGCAAACAGAGGAGUGGUUCGUCUGCUUCUGUUGUUGGCAUUUGCACUAGCAUCGUGAAUAAGUAUUUUCUAAGGCUGCACGCAUCACCAUCAGCUGAGUUUGAAAUACCAGAAGGCACAUCGGAAUACGGCAAAGGUUUUGGGAGGAGAUUCGAUUCUGCGACCGACGGAGGAGGAGAGGGCGAUGCUUACUGAGUACACACGAGGAGUCAAUGACAACGUCACUACCUACCACUAGUAAAAAUCAAAAUGAUCUCGUUCCUUGUAGUUGGAGCAGAUGAUGUUGAUGAAUAUGAAUCUUCUACGUCUUAGUCAGACUCGCAUCUUCACGAAUGGAGAAGUACCGCGUUCGACUUGAUCGAAGAAAUUUAGUUUUCUGACAUGAAGAGUCUUGUCAGAAAAGAAAGAUCGCUAGCUGUACUAAUAGAAGUAUUUCUUGCUACUUUCUUUAGUUUAGCAAGAAGUUCAAAGAACUUCCCGAUGUUGCUCCGCUUCGCACUGGUAAUCGUCUCGUCGUGAUAUUACAUUUUAUACAUAGAUAGGAAACGCUGUAGAAGUGCAAUUUCAAUCAGGUCGAUGAAGAUGAUGAAGACGGCUGGGAGG